GUCUUGUACGAUUCUUUAUAGCAUAAGGGUGGGGUGUGCGAGUUGGGAGGAUCUCCUUUCUUUCUCUCUUUUCAACUUACCCUUUCUGUAGUAGUGGACGAGGGCGCACAGGAACAGCAGCACGAUCAGCGAGCCUACGAUGAUGACAACGAUGGCCCAGACGGGAAUCGCGAGGCCGGCCCCCUGCGCCGGGCGGUUGUUGUUGUUGAUGAUGAUAGGCGCCCCGGCAGUGCCUCCCGUCUUGGUGCCCGAUGUGCCGGAGCUUAUGCCGGUGCCUGUACCAACGCCGACGCCAGCGCCAAUGCCAGCGCCAACGCCGGCGGCAGUCCCCGACCCCGAGGAUCCAGAGCUUUUGGUUCCCGAGGUCGACGACCCAGACCCGAAGCUUGAACCAGAUCCCGAGCCUGAAGAGGAGCUGCUUCCUUUGGAGCCCGAGGAAGAAGAAGAAGAAGACCCCGAGUGGGACGACGAGCCGCCUCGGCCUCCUCCCGAGCCGCCGCCUCCGCGCGGGCCGCGCGUCUCAAUCCGGGAGCGCGCGCCGGGCAAGACGCGGCCUCUACCCCUGAGCUGGCUCGGUGCCUGUUUGGUCGUGAUGGGAUUGCGGCUCCUCAUGGCCGCCGACUUUUUUUUGCCGUUUGCUGCUGGCGACCUUUUCGAGGUUUGUCGACUUUCGGAAAUAUUCCCCACCCUCUCUUUCGUGCCCUUUUUUCGAAGUGCCGACGGCAAAAGAUAUGGCUUCUUUUCCUACCGACCUUGCCUACCUACACUCUCUCGACUUUUUGAGAUUUCAGAGCGCCUGAUUCAUUAUAUAGGUACAAUUGCACUGCGUUAUUCGCGUGCUCGGUUAGGACAAGAAUCCGGCCUAGGACGCGCUCGAGGCUGGUGUGCGGCUGAGGGGUUGCCAAGUCUGCCUUCAUCUUCCCAAUGCGGGCAGUUGGCCAUGCACAAAAAAGAAAAUCAAUCAUUGGACGGGAUCGGCAUCGCCUAAAAAGAAUAAGGAAGCUCAACCUCUCUCUCCAGCGCGCGCCGUUGUAACGUCCUUGCUAUUUCUAAUCAUAUUUCUCGAAUGCGCUGGCUGGACAUUUUCGUUUUCCUUUUUUUGUCUCUCCUCAAAACCUCGUCUGAGCCCAGCCAGCUCAGCUCCGUGGAGUUUAUAAGUGCGAGAUUGACAUCUCCGGGGGGUAUGGGGAGAGUAGGGCGGGGUUGUAUGUA